ACUACUCGAGUGCUUUGCUUUUGCAAGUGUUUCGUGUGUCACCUUUGCUUCUAGCUAUGCUAGGCAAUCAUACCUAGAGGGGGUGGCGGCGAAGUUUCAUAGUCAAAGUGAGGAGAAGAAGACGUGUGAACGUGGUGACGGCCUGGGAGUUGACCGGGUGGUUUGUGGAAGAGUGGGCGGUCGUGAGUGACUGCGGGUUCAAGAAUGAGUCGAGAGAGUACCGAGAGUGGUCCUACUUCCGGCAGAUCCGAUGGAUCGACCGGAAGCGGAGGAGGGAGACCUCCACCUCGGAGUAACGAGAACAGGAUGGCGGGCCGUACUUGUUUCCGAUGUGGGAAGCCGGACCAUUUCGCAAACGUCUACGACGAGUACUGGGACGCUCGGGAUAAGGGUGUCCCGUUUGUUCUGCCACCACCACCGUAUGUGGGUGGUGGCUGCACUUUGACAACCGGCACAGAGAGACGAAGUCAUUCGGCAGACAACUACGGAUCCAGACGUGAGACGGACAAGAUGAACAGCACGAUGAGAACAUACUUUUUCGAAAUGGCGAAAGAACGGGAGGAGGCCAAGCAAAGGGCCACGAGAGAAGAAGCGCAACGGAAAGAAGAGGCGGCAAGGAAGGAACAAGAGAGGAAGAGACUACAAGAGCUGGAAGAAAAGAAACGCGGGAAGAUGAACGGGAUGCGCGCCUACUUAGAAUGACUCGAGAGGAGAUCCGUCAUGACAGUGAAAACGAGAAUGAAACUGCAUUUCGAGC